AUGGAGAUCCCGUCCUCCUUCAAGUGCAAGCUCAGCUCCGAGCUCAUGAAGGAUCCGGUCAUCGUCGAUGCAGAGGAGCCCGCAGGUUGCAACACCUACGAGCGGGUGGAGAUCGAGAGGUGGCUCGAGAUGAAUGCCGAGUGGAGGGAUCCCUACACCAAUAUCCGCCUCCGGAGCAAAAACCUCCGAGACAACACGGACCUUCGCAAAGAUAUCCGCGAAUGGAGCACGCAGAAUGCGGAGUACGUGAAGCGGAUGGUGGACCUCGAGAGGCAGGUUCGUGAUGCGCAGCUCGCGCUGGAGACCCGAAACUACGUACCGAAGAAGUUCGUGUGCGGGCUCUCGAAGCAGGUGAUGAGGCGCCCUGUGCGUGCAAAAGACGGGAACGUCUACGAGAAGAAAGCGUUGGAAGAGUACAUCCGACUCAGCGAGAGUUCUGGCGAACUGCUCUCCCCGGUGACGCAGAAGCCAAUGGAGCCAGGCUUUCAUCACGAAGCCGAGCUGGAAGAGGAGAUCAGGCGGUUCCUCGAGGAGAACUUCCCGGCGAAGGAGUCGGCUUGGAAGCAAGCGAAGACCCCACGAGAAGCUCCGGCACAGUGGCCGGCCUUGAUGAGCACCACGCAUAUUACGCCGAGGACUUUCUCCAAGCAGGCGGCCAUGACCGAGGCUGCAUUCCACGGGGCGGUCUCGUCCAAGGAGGGCCCGGAGGUCAAGACCGUGGUGAGCUUUCCCGGGCAAUACCAGGAAGACUGGCAAUGCCUGGUUCGAAGAUCGGUUAAGCGCAGCGCCUUCGAGGCAGAGGAUUCAGAGCAGCCCUGUGCGCACUACCUCUCCGGCAGCACUGCCUGUGUUUUUCUGCCCAAGGGGAGCAAGUUGUAUGGGGGCCAUGAGCCAAAUCAGGAUGGGACUUCGAGCAGUUGCUGGUGCCAAGAUCUCUACGACAAAAAGCAGCCCUUCGGCUGCCGCUGGUUUGAGGAGUGGCGGCUGCGGGUGGCGACAGCCGUGGACAGAAAGCACACUUUGGUGGUCGUCUACAAGGCAGCACAGAAAGGCGUCGGAAGAGAGGGCCUCGCCUGGCCCCCGCAGAUCGAGUGCAGCGAGACGAGGCGCGGGGAUGCAGGGCUUGGCGUCUCGCAGCGCGGAGAGGUAGCCUGGCUUCUACGACAUGGCAUUUCCUUCGAGGAGGAGGACAUCCUAGACUACAGGAGAAGGCUCGCUGCAGACAUCAAGCUCGAGCUCCGGGAGUUGCAGGGUCGGAGUCCGCUGCCCUCCUUGCGUGACAUGCAGCCCCAGUUCGUGGCCCACCUGGAAAUGGAAGUGGCCGGCCUCAGAGAUCGGCUGGGGGAGUCCGAUUUGGACGACCAAGGCUCCCUUCACAGGCUCAACGUGCUCUUCUCUGCGCUGGAUGAUCUGAACGACGUGCUGGUGGCCACCUUGGGCAGCUGGAGGGCGCCAUUUCUGGUGGUCUUCGGUGCCGAGAGCGUGGGCAAGUCCUCGCUGCUGCAACGCCUGAGCCUGCUUCCCUUCUUCCCCACCGACCGCAGCCGCUGCACGAGAAUGCCGGUGCGCCUGGAGAUCCGACGAACAGCGACGCCGUACCCGGCCACGAUGCAGGUGUGGAACGUCAGGGAGCGGAAGUGGGAAGGUCCGGCACGGAGCAUUUCCCUGGAAGUCAGCGAAGCACAAAUCCACACCGAGAUGAACAAGCUGGUGGCAGAGACGGCUCAGGACAGCGAGUUUUGCCUCGAUAAGGAGAUCCACAUCAAGGCCGGCUCUACCACGUUGCCGCCGAUGAACUUGGUGGACCUGCCGGGCUUGGUUCAGUCUGAUGCUGGUCUUGCCACUCAGACACAGCAGCUACUCGACAGGUAUACGCAAGGCUCACAAGACCAGGACAUCUUUCUCGCAGUCGUCCCAGCCACAGAAGCACCCGCGAACUGGGCAGUCAUGCAGUUGAUCAAGAACAAGCGCCUAGAGGAGCGCACCAUCGGGGUCAUCACCAAGUUCGACAGGCUUGAAGAAGAUCAGCACCAAGAUUUGUUUCCAGUUCUUCAACAAGAGCCGGUGAAGGGACUGGUGCCGUUAUCACGACACGGCUUCGUUGCGGUAGCGAACGUGACCAAGAAACGAGACCCUGGCGAGAGCUUCACGGAAUGGAUGGCUCGCAAGGCCCGGCUGGAGAAGGACAAGUUCGCCGUCGACCUCGAGAUGGGACCCUUUGUGGAGAAGCAGCAGGCUUCUAUUGGUGCGGUCGUUCACAACAUCAGCCGUGCAUACAGCUGGCACGUGGCACAGAACUGGCUGCCUCUCACGGCUAAGUGCCUGCUCGCCGUGUGGACUGGCUGCUGCGAGGAGCUCGUCGAGAUGGGGCUUCCCUUCACCAGCGGGCAGCUGGAAGGAGCCGCCCUGGAGAAGUUCAAGGCCGCCGCCAGCCACGAGCUGAUGUGCCGCUUUGGUUUCCUCGUCGAGCGGACCCAGGAGCUGUUCUGGAGCACGGCCGCAAAGCCCGUGAAGGACUACUUGAAGCAGCAGCUGGAAGCCGUUGAGAAACAAGAAGUGAAGCUGCUGGAGCUGCCGACGUUCCUGGAGACGGCCUGCAAGGACAUCCUGUCGAAGCUGCCGCUGGAGCCCUUCGCCCCGGGUCUCUUGGAGGAGGCCCUGACGGCUCUGGGACCACGGGAGGAGGAUGCCUUUCGCCUGGAGCGCCUGCCGCGCCUCAUCGAGGAGGUGAAGAAGAAGCUGCGGGAGGCACAGCCCCGUCUCGACGUGAAGAUGGCCAGAGAGGGCGUGGGCGACGUGCUCCAAUCCGCCUUCGUGGAGCACAGGCACUUGACGAUGCAGGUGGACGAGAAGGGGAUGGUGAAGGUCUCCGUCGACUCCGAGACCCUCGCCACCAGGUGCCUCACAGCCGUGGCCGGCGCCUUCCAAGGCUUCGGCUCCGAAAGGCAGUUCGAAACCGAGGUGAGUUUGCCGGCCCUGGAAGCCACGAAGACCGCGCCGGAGGCCUGCUUGGACCGGCGCCGACAGGUCUUCGCGCGCAUGGAGAAAUGCGCGGAAGCGCUGGAGAAGCUGGCGAAGACCAGGACGUCUCUGGCGGAAUCCUUGGAUGCCUCAAGCAAGGCCCUGGAGCCGAGAUCCAAAGUCUUGCAGCACUGGCUGCAGGGAGAGGCCGUUCCAGUUGCCUGCGCAGUGGUCUCGGGUGACAGUGAGGAAGAUGAAAGCUUCAAUUCCCCCGCCUGCAACUUUAUCGCCUCCAUUCUGAAGGAGAUUCUGCUGCAGCAGCGGCAGCACCCGGCGGAGUUCGAGACGGCCGCCUGCCCUCCCCUGCAGCAUCCGACAUUCAAAGCAGCCGCCGCCGCCCUGAACGGCAAGAUUUACCUCAUCGGGGGCGAAGAAACCAGGCGGACCGUGCAGAUAUUCGACAUCUCCGGCCAGGCUUGGAGCCGAGGGCCCGACCUCAGCUGCGAGAGACGCCGCGCUGCGCCCGCCGUUGUCGGCAACUCCAUCUACGCGACGGGAGGGCGGAAUGGCAGCAGCCCCCACCCCCUCAGCUCCAUGGAGUUCUGGAGCCCUGAGAGCGCUCAGGGCUGGAGCCUGGGCCCGGACUCCGGGCAGCGCAGGUGUGGGCACGCAGCGGUCGAGCUCCAGAACAAGCUCGUCCUGCUGGGAGGCUCCGACGGCCCCGGCUCCAGGCUCACCCACGUGCAGAGGUUCGACCCCAGCACUGGGCGCUGGGAGCCGCUGCCGCCCCUGCGCGAGCGGCGACGGGGCCUGGCGGCCGCGGUGGUGGGAUCUUCGCCCUGGGCGGCUUCGAUGGCAACUCCGUGCUCUCCAGCAUCGAAAUCUUCGACCCGGGGAGCGGCGGCGGCUGGACCCCAGGCCCAAGCCUGA